UGUCAAGCAAGGCUCACACGAGCGCUAUAAAAAGCCAUUGGGAAGUUAGACUCCGUCAGCAAGAGGACUUAGUGCGAGGUGAAACAGAGCAACCACCAGCUGAGCGGCUCACACAGCCCCUUGGGACUGAAGAGGACGUGGGUCAGUGGUGGGCUUGGCAGUGCUGCGUUAACGGUUGGACUCGAUGAUCUUAAAGGUCUUUUCCAGCCUAAAUGAUUCUGUGAUUUGAUGAUCAGGAGGUGAGAACAAAGCUAAACUUCCCAGGGAGAAGCAGGCAGAAACCUCUGGAGUGUUUCCACAGUCAGCUUGGAGCUGUGCUUGGAGAGGAGGAAGAGUGGGAGAAGAGGAAGGGGUGCCCUGCACAGAGCAGCACCCAGCUCCACUUGGGACCCUCUCCCUCACAGCAGCCUAAGGGGUGCCAAGUCACCCUGGCAGAGCAGCAGUAGAGGAAACACCUAGGAUGGAGGCACACAAACCUGAUUUUUGGGCAACUGUGCAUAUGCCUGGCCAGGACUCAGAGCCGAGCGAGUCCCACAGAAGCAGGUGGGGGCUGCGAGCCGGGCACCCACCCCGGUGGCAGCCCCAGCAUUGAGUCGCAGGCAAAGCAGCACCUUGCAGCACCCAGUGAUGUCAUUCAGGACACCGUGCACAUGUAAACAAGGCUGCUGCGGUGCAGACAGAGCACUGAACUUCCUCCUGACAGCACAGUUGCGCUUAGCGGGGUUCCUGCCUGAAAAGGAAUGACCCACCCACACUAUACCACAACAGAAAUUUCCAGCAGCCCAGUCAUGACACAGAGCAACCAGACCUGCUCCAGUCACAACAUAACGUUCAAAAACAGCCUGUACGCAACCACAUACACCCUCAUAUUUAUCCCCGGCCUCCUGGCAAACAGCGCUGCCCUGUGGGUCUUGUGCCGCUUCAUCAGCAAGAAGAACAAAGCCGUCAUUUUCAUGAUCAACCUGGCCGUGGCCGACCUGGCUCACGUCCUCUCACUGCCAUUGCGAAUAUAUUAUUACAUUAACUCCACGUGGCCUUUCGGGAGGUUCCUUUGCUUACUGUGUUUCUACCUGAAGUACCUCAACAUGUAUGCCAGCAUUUGUUUCCUCACCUGCAUCAGCAUCCAGCGGUAUUUUUUCCUGUAUCAGCCAUUCAAAGCCAAGGACUGGAAGCGGCGGUAUGACGUAGCUAUCAGCGCUGUGGUGUGGCUCUUCGUUGGGGUGGCAUGCUUGCCAUUCCCCAUCAUGCGGAGCUAUGGCCUGGCCAAAAACACAAAUACCUGCUUUGCAGACCUUCAGGUCCGGCAGAUCGACAGCAAGGUGGCCACUGUGCUGAUGACAGGCACGGCGGAGCUUUUCGGCUUCGUCGGCCCACUCAUCAUUAUUUUAUUCUGUACAUGGAAAACAAAAGACUCUCUUCGGGGCUUCCAGAUACCACUGCAAAACAGUAGCGAGAGGCGGAAGGCUUUAAGGAUGGUUUCAAUGUGUGCCAUUGUCUUCUGCGUGUGUUUUGCACCAUACCACAUCAACUUCUUUUUCUACAUGUUGGUGAAAGAAAAUGUCAUUACAGACUGCUUCCUCAGUACCAUCACGCUCUAUGCCCAACCCUUUUGCUUAAGUCUUGCGAGUCUGGACUGCUGCUUGGAUCCAAUCCUGUAUUUCUUUAUGACUUCAGAGUUCCAGGACCAGAUAUCAAGGCACAGCAGCAUGGUCAUCAGGAGUCGGCUCAUGAGCAAAGAGAGUGCCUCGUCAAUUAAGGAAUGACAAGAAAGCCAGCUUAAAAGAAUGAAGAUAUUUCAUAUGGAAUCUGGGACUGUUCUGUGAUACUUGAUUACCAACUCCAUUGUGGAAGAUCCUGCAAGUGUAUUCAGAGGAGUUUUUUGGUAGUAGAAAUCUUUCCAUGUAUAGAAGAUAAAACUUUAAAACCAACAUGUUGGAAGGUGAUGAGCAACCCAACUGGCAUGACUGCACCUACCACUGUGCCACCCACACCUGACCUAGCUUGCCUAGAAAAUAUGCAGAAGGGAGUGACAAAGCUUUUGCUAGGAAAUGGUGGAAAUGUCCCAGAAGCUUUUCUUCUGUUUUCCCAACUUCAUGGCUCUAUGAUCAAGCCGGAGACAAUCCCACACCCAUACACUGACAUCUGCUGAAGUCUCUUCUCUGCUAAAAACACACAGUGCAUACAAGAACCUGAAAAUGGCCCGUAAUAAUAAAUGGCUGGUUUGGUUUCUGCACUCAGGGCUGCGGACAUGUGAAGGUUGGCCCUUGCUUCAGCGCAGCAGCCCCGGCUUGCCACUGCCCGCUCCCAGCUUUGAGUGCACCCCGCUGGUCACCACGCUUACCUCUGCUUCACCUUCCCCGCACUCCCCCUCCCACCCUCACUCGUUAUUUCCUCCUCACAUCCCAUAACCUACAGCUGGUGCAAGACACUCUGCAAGAAAAUUCUCCCAACAGCUCCUCAGACAUUCCAGAGAGUAGGACCUUCCCUUGCUCAAGUGACUUUCUUCCUCCCCAAACUGCCUCUGUUGGCCAGGGGCACACCAGCACAUGGCCUUCACCUUUGGACCCCAAGGGGCAGAUGCACUGGGAGCGUGCCGGGGGCUGGACACAGCCGGACUCAGCAUCCGUGCAGAUGGAUUUGACAAUGCUGGUGGUACCAUGAGGUCCUUGCUCUCUUCUACGUGUGGCUCCUCAGGCCCAGAGGUACCUGCGAUGGAGCUGCCCAGCAAAACCUCAUCUCAAUGGGUUCAGCUGACACAUCUUUGAAAAAAAGAGGUGUCCUUGCCAAGGUGAUUUCACUAAUAGAGCAUAUGCUAAUUUCUUACAUAAAUUAUUCAUCAUGAUUUUGUCCACCAACUCAUCUCAUGAUCUUAAUCAGUGACAAAGUAUGAAAAGCAGUGACAAGAAAGGAUACCAUUUACCCCUUAUGUUAAAUUAGUGACAGCUCUUCACCCAAGUUCACCAGUUUGUGUAACUUCAAGAGUAUCCUCACAAUACCUGGGGAUUGUUUUGGAUGAACACAGGCGCUGAUUUAUUUGACGACUUGUGCUUUUCCAAAAGGAAUGUGUGCAAAUCUCAGUAAGCACUGCAUCUUACAUGUUGCUACAAAAAUAGAAGACAUACCAGAAACACUUGCUAGGCGUAUUUUAAACGUAACUACUCAAUUCCACUUAAUUACAUUUUAGCUCAAUGAAAAACGUUCUGCAUUUUCCCACUUGACUGUUUUACAAUAAAAUUGGAAAAAGCAAACAGUAGCCAUGUUCAAAUAACCAUUACACGGGAGUUCCUCUAAAAGGCAGUGAAGACAUACUGAUUAAAUACAACAAGCCCCAUUUGUGAGAAGAUGAUUAUGGGCUGCAGUAUGAUGAGCUUGAUCUUACAUGUAGAUAAGUGAAAAUAUCAAAAUAUAUCUAUCUGAUGGAAGAAACUGUCACAGUGAGAGUAUUAUUGCAGGCUUCUUUAGUUUUCUGGUGAGAAAGCUGCAGAGAAGGCAAACAGUCCAUCUCCCACUGAAGUAAAUGGAAAUGUUUUCUCUGAUUUAACUGGCAGCUCGUCAUGCCAGUGAUAAACGUACAUGUUUACACACUGCAAGUAGUCCCUUUAAAAAUGCGAGCAGAGGUUCAUGCUCAGGUACACAGUUAAGCAUGUGUAAUUAAAUUCUUGUCUGAACUGACAAGUUCUCUCAUAUGCUAGACACUGUAUCAUAUUGUCAGGGAAGGAGACUUUAGUUCCAAUGGUUGCUUUGAGAAUUUUUAUGGACCUUGAUCAGCUAGCAUGUGACUGGGAGCUGUUUGCUGUGAUUUCUCAUACAAUUCUCCACUUAUCAGGUGAAAAUAAGUUGAAGGCACUGUUAUGGUAACUAUGUAGCUUGUCCUACAUUUUUCUUUCCAAAACCUGAUGCUUAAAAAAAUAAACACAGUUUUGCAAACGUUA